GAGAUGUUUCGUCACGUGCAUAUCGGAGACUGUGAAGCGCGAGAGCCGCUUCUCUCAGGUGAAUACCCGGAGCGAGAGCAGCGGGACUCAGACGAAGAAGAAAUUAUGUUCGACAGGUGCACGUCGAAAAUCACGUGUGACCCCGGUGGGAACGCCAAGAGAAGAUUAACGUACGAGGAAGCGGUAGAGGAAGCAGGUUUUGGCUGGUUCCACUGGCUGCUGCUGGUGGUGUGUGGUUGGGCCAACGCCAGCGACGCCGUGGAGAUCCUCUGCGUGUCUUUCCUGCUGCCGACGGCGCGCUGCGACCUGCUGCUGAGCUCCUCAGACAUGGGCCUGCUCACCAGCAGCAUCUUCCUCGGCAUGAUGGUGGGCGGCUACACGUGGGGAUACCUGGCGGACCAGAGGGGGCGUCGCCGGGUCCUGGUUGUGUCCCUGGCGGUCAACGGGGUGUUCGGGGGUCUGGCCAGCGUGGCCCCGUGGUUCUGGCUCUUCCUGCUGCUGCGGUUCAUCAGCGGCGUCGGGGUCGGGGGCUCGAUCCCCGUCGUCUUCUCCUACUUCUCCGAGUUCAUGCCCCGACUGAGGAGAGGCGCCAUGAUCAGCGCUCUGGCCGCCUUCUGGAUGGCAGGAAACAUCCUGGCUGCAGGUCUGGCCUGGCUGGUGAUCCCAAGCAACUGGGCACAUUUCUCUGUGGGAACGCUGGACUUCCAGAGCUGGAGGCUGUUCGUGGCGCUCUGCUCCGUCCCCAGCCUCAGCUCCGCCCUCCUCUUCCGGCUGUUCAUGCCCGAGAGCCCCAAGUUCCUCAUGGAGACGGGCCGUGAGAAAGAGGCGAUCCACGUCUUCCAAGUGAUGUUUAAGCUGAACACGUGGGGGAAAGGAAAGAAUUUACCGGAGUUUGGCUUGUGCACCAGCUCCAAGCAGAGAGGAGGACCGGAGGAGACCAGAACCCACGGCGGCUCACGGCGAGAGAGGCUGGCCUGUGGUUUGAGGAAGGUGUUGAUGCCGAUGAAACAGAUGUUUACUGGUUCGCUCCGGUCCAGGAGCGUCGCUCUGCUCCUCGUCUUCUACUGCAUCUCCUUCGGUUACUACGGGCUGUGGAUGUGGUUCCCGGCGCUGUUUGAGCGAAUGGAGAGCGGCGGCGGCUCGCCGUGCGCCAACACCACGGCCACCAUCACGUCUCCUACGCUCCACAACCACAGCUGCUACCCGGUCAAGACAGCAGUGUACAUGGAGGGCUUCAUCAUUGCUGCAUCGAACCUCCCGGGAAACAUCUUCACCAUCUUCAUGGUGGACAGGCUGGGGGGAAAGGCUCUACUGUCCUGCAGCCUGCUGGUGUCCAGCCUGAGCGUGUUCCUCAUCUACGUGGUCCGGACCAAAGUCCAGAGUCUGGUCCUGUGCUGCGUCUUCAGCGGCGUGUCGGUGGUCACCUGGAACACCCUCAACGUGCUGGGAACGGAGCUCUACCCCACCCAGCUCCGGUCCUCCGCUCUCGGUUUCUUCACCAGCGUGGCCCGGGUGGCGGCCAUCAUGGGCAACGUGGCCUUCGGCGGGCUGGUGGACACGAACUGCGCCGUCCCGGUGCUGCUGGUGUCGGCACUGCUGCUGAUCGGAGGCCUGGUGGCUCUCGUGCUGCCGCAGACCCGACAGACGGAGCUCGCCUGAUGCCGCCGACUCCACCCGACUCCACCCGACACGAAGACAUCCUCCGAGUGUUCCUGUAUGGAAGCCGAGGUCGUCUCCCUGUGCCUCAGACGUGAGCAUGGAGGACACCGUCACAAGACCUCAAAGGAUCAGUCGGGCCUCACGGUGAGUGUCUGGAGACUCAUCGCUGAUUGGACUAGAGGCUCGUUUAUAAAGAUGUUUCCGUCACCUUGAGCCCAGACGGGCCUCGAAGGCGUCGGGUCUGACUUUUAUUAACAACUCCCGACUUCACAGAUAAUCAAAGAUGUAAAAGCGCUGCACGUUCCUCAUGCGUGUUACUUUGUGAUUUACCAUGUCAAAGUUAUGUCGUGGUCAUUCUUCGGCCUUUUGUUCUGUACCAACAAACGGCCUUUUCAAAAAGAGACCCUGGAGAACCGUCCGUGUGUGUGUGUCCAAAAAAAAACGACGUGUUUUAGACAUUUUUGGGGCGGAUUACGGAGAACGAUUUGAUUAAAUAACCUGACACCAGACUUUUGGUUUUUAUUUUUUUUAUUUGUAUAAUAAAUAAACUUGUAAUACUUCAGGACCACAUUUCACAACCACACACGGUUUAAAUUAAACACUUUGGAUAUUUGAAAGAUGCAGGUUAAAAAAAAAAAUGCAAGACCUGAAUUAAAUAAUGUAUCAGUCUCUUUUUCAGCGUUUACAUCAGCAGUGUCGUGUAUUUUACUCUUUACAUUCUUCAUCAUGACUCACACGUCAGGUCUGAGAGGUUUCAUGGUAAACAAAGCAGCAGGUAAAAAGAAAAAAGAAGAAAAGGCAGAAAUAAAAGCGCUGACGGCGCUCGGUAACGUACUCCUUUGGUAAAACACAUUUUACGACGGUAAAACAAUAAAUACACAGAUAUCGUGUUAAAAUAUAAGAAACAUGCAGCUUGGACGGAGAAGAGAAGUCACAUGACCUCUGACCUGAAAACAAGACGAGGCCGCGGUGACGCUCGACUUCACGCCGUCACGAUCUGGAAAGGUCUCGCGAUUCAUUCUCGUGAACUAAAACGUAAAUAAUCGAGUCGUAUUGGGAUGUUGGGGAAGGUUUGUUGACGUAGUAAACGUCAUGGUUACGGAACGCGUCGAAGCCGGGAGGAUUUUAACCCUGAAUUAAAGUAGAAAAUUAAAGGUAGAUGAGGAGACUGAUAUGUAAAUAAUAAAUAUGCAGCUAGUCCAUUAGCUUAGCAUAACGACUGGAAGCAAACCAGCACCUCUAAAGAACAACUUGUUUGUUUGUGUUAAUAAUAGAUUCUUAAAUGUGAAUAUUUACUGGUUUUCAAGUCUUUUGGGGGGUUUUGAGACAAAGAAAAACUAUAAAUAAAAAAUAGAUUAAUAUUUUCUUACAUUUUAUGAGCCAAGGAAAUCUAUUUUUAUUAUUUUUCAAUGUUGAAAAUAAAAUUAUCUGAAGUUAAUCUGGUAACUAAUGAUAAAUAGAUUUGUUCUCAGGCAGAUUUUUGAAUCUAACUAAAUGUAAAAUGUGAGACUUUUAAAUAUUGUGAUUAAAGUGAUUUUCUACUUAU